UUUCUAGUUUAUAAUUCAAAAAUCGUGGGUUCUAGCAAUCACGACACUGUUCAUUUCAGCGUUUACUAUUACCUACUUCAAGUUAAAAAUAAACUUUGAACCUUUCCCUCCUUCAACAAAGUAUGGAAUGAUGAUGUUGAAGAGAUUUUUAACAUUGCGCAUAUCAAAUAGUACAUCAUCCUUAACGACGGGUACUUCAUCAACAGCUAAGGUUAUAUUUCGGACAUUAUCGAACCAGGAGGACAUUGAUAUUGUAGAAAAAUGGGAUUUAUUAAGUGCUGUUUGUUUAGAACGUCAUCCUGUGAUUACGAAGCCGAUGGUAGAUAUAGAAGCAAGAUAUCAAAAGAUGUUACAGCAGAUAGAAUUUGAAAACAGUAAAAUAUCAGAUUUUGAUAUACAAAAGCAAACGCAACAAAAGAAAGAAAACAAAGGAACAUUCUCAGCUGAGAAUAUCGCUACUAGUCAAACCAUACAAGAUCUUCAAGAUUCUUGGGAAGAGGAACUAACGAAUUUUAAAUUUGCACCAAGAAUAAGUGAUGUUAAGGAAGAUAACACAGUUGUAUCACUGAAUCGGAAACUAGAUAAAAAUCUAGUAUUACUAGUAGAACAAAAAAUAGGUAACUCGGAUUUUUGGAUUCCUCCUCAAGGUAUAAGAAAGCAUAGGGAAACUAUGAUACAAACUGCAUAUAGGACAUUACAAGAAUCUUGUGGAAAUAAUAUAAAGGUAAAAUUUUAUGGCAAUGCACCUAUAGGGUUUUAUCAAUAUAAAUAUCCUAGACAUAUACAGGAGAACGGACGAAAUGGUGCAAAAAUUUUCUACUUCCUGGCAAAAUAUAUAAGUGGUAAUAUUUCUCCCAAUGUAAAACACUGCUGGUUAGACAGGGAUGAAUUGAAAAAAAUUGUACACCCUGACGUUCACAAGGGUUUGUCCAAAUUUUUAUUACCUGAUUAAACUAUCAUACUACAGAAAAGCACAAAAUUUUCAAAAGUAUAUA